AUGGCAAAAAGAGUAAAUAAAUCCCCUGGGAAGAAACAACCGUUACCUAUUGUUGAAAUUGAAUCAACUAAACCAACGAAAUUAAAGGAGAAUCAAAAAAAACUAAAAGCAGAAAUUCCUUUGGAGUUGAAGCAAGAUUUCAUUAAGAUUUCUUCACGAUUUAAUAAGUAUUGUAAACUCCUAAUGGCGAUAAUUAUCUUUUAUAUCUUUGCUUAUCUUGGGGCGUGCCUUCAAGGGUUUCUUUUUAAUUUGGAUGGGGUAGUCACUACUCUCUUAAAAUCUCCUUUCGGUCAAAUAUGCUUUGUGAUUAAUAGGUCAAGUCUAAUGGAAGAAGAAGAAAAGGACCAAGUCAUCGAUGGUCUAACUGAAAUUAACGAACAAUGCAAGGAAACUCUAAAAAAAUUAGGGUUGUUGGCUCUCGUUAGCAAGUUGGGAAAAUUAUUGGAAGCAGCUUACGACAUAAUUAUUAAGAUUAGAGCGAAAAUAAAUGAGGUGCGGAAAAGAUUACAAAAAACUUACUAG